GUAUAUGCUCCGCCCUCCCCCCAAUUCCCGGUUACAGCUUUUUGGCGUAAAACAUUAAUAACACUCAUAUGAACUGAAAGAAAAAGGCCGUGAUUUUUCAGUCGAUAAGUUGAAGGUGCGGAGAGUGUAAUUAAGAAUGAACACAAUAACUGGUGUUGCGAGUUUGAAUGAAACCGGAUACUUUUCCUCCGGUUAUGGAGGUGGAAAAUGUUUAGCCUCUGCAGCAAGAUCAGUGCACCAAAUUAAGUACGCACCGAAUCCAAUUAAGGCAUGUACAUCGAAUUCUAUCUUGUCAUUGGGUCUUGCAUGCAAGAGAAUGUCAGUAAAACUAAAUAAGAGAGACGUACUGGAUAAUAGUCGAAGAAGUUGCAUUGUAAGAUCUUUCGUUUCGGAUCAAGAUCGAACGGUGAAGGUGGAGACUGAUCAAAGCCCUUGUGUGCCGGAUAAUGAGAAGAAGAAAUCUCCAUUUCUAACACGAGGCGAAAUAUUUAGGGAAGAGUUCUUGAAAAGGGUUGUUCCGUGGGAGGAAAUAACCGAAUCGUUGGAUACAUUUCCUUAUUACAUUAACGAACACGAUUGCAGCCGUCUGUUGGAAUGCAUGGCGUCGCAUUUGAAACACGAUAAGCUUACGAGAGACCAUGGUGGUCGUUUGACUACUUCGAGUUGGCGAAUUCUGCUUAAAAGUCUUCCAGGUACGGGGCUAUGUCGGGACAAAUUGGUGAGAGCACUUGCUAGGGAGUUGCAAGUUCCACUUAUGGUGCUCGAUAGCAGCAAUUUACCUCCUUACAAUCUUAGUCGAGACUAUUCAGAAUCAGAUGACGAGGAUACCGAAUCCGAUUCGGAAUUUGAAGAUGAAAGCAAUUCGUGUUGUCAUCACGAAGAUGAUAGCACGGAUGUUAGUGAUGAUGAUGAAGACGAAGACGAUUCCCGAAAUUCAAUCGAGACUUGCAAAAAGUGCGGUUCCGGAGAAUCGGAGCAACCUAAAUGUCUGCUAAAGAAAGGAGAUAGAGUGAAGUACGAUGGACCAAACUUUCCAAUCGAAGGGAGUAACAGGUUACCGUCUGUCUUAAUUUCGCAGUUAUUACAAUAUUUAUCCCUUUGUUUUAUUUAUUUAGUAUUUUUUUUUACGAAUAAUUACGCAUAUACAUUGCAUGAAGUAAACGGUGACAAAGUAUCUGUUAUCUUCUACACGAUCGGCCUAACGAAAAACGAAGAAGCAGAGAAGGAUGAAGAAAGCUCAAAAACGGCUGUACAAGUUUGGCUCGACGUGGAGCACGUAAAACACGAUUGCGACGCUCAAGUUCACGACUGCUACGUUGCUAUGGAAGUACUUUGUGAGAAUGCUUCGCUAAAGCGACUUAUUGGCGAGUUAAAAGCGACUAGGCGAUCAAUUGGCUACGACGCAUACAAGCUAUUCAAUAAUAUUGUGUAUAUGGGAAAACCAGAGGAACAAGAUCUCCUGGACACAUUCUUCGAACAAAUCGAGAAAGAUUGGAGAACCGUGAUAUCUACAAAGAACUUGAGUGAAAUGCACAAGGUACAUAUAGUACUAUUUUGUUCAAAAGCGGAGAAUGUUAUUGGGUGGGCCACAAACCACCACCUCUCCUCGUGCAUCAGUCCGUCUGUUAAGGGGGAACGAUUGCAUCUCCAUCACGAUAGUAUUCAAAAGGGAAUUUUGAGGUUAAAGGAGGAAGAAAAAGAACCGAAGAAGCCUUCAAAGAGUACUCUCGAGGAUUUUGCGAGUAACGAGUUCGAACAAGAGUUUGCUUCAUCAGUAAUUCGCCCCGACGAAAUUGGCGUAAAGUUCGACGAUGUUGGCGCACUUGAACAUGUGAAGAAGGUGUUGAAUGAACUCGUUAUUCUCCCCAUGAAACGGCCCAAUCUUUUCUCCCGUGGAAAUUUGCUGAGGCCAUGCAAAGGAUUGCUACUUUUCGGGCCGCCCGGGACCGGAAAAACCCUUAUUGCAAAAGCUCUUGCAACGGAAGCGGGCGCUAAUUUCAUCGGUCUUAGUACUGCGUCUCUUACAUCUAAGAUUUAUGGUGAUGAUGAAAAACUCGUAAGGGCACUCUUCGCCUUUGCUGCCAAGGUGGCUCCUGCCGUUAUUUUUGUGGAUGAGGUUGACGAUUUACUCGGUGCACGUGGAAAAUCCUCCGAGCAUGAAGCUACUAGAAGACUCCGGAACGAGUUUAUGUUACGCUGGGAUGGAUUGAAUUCGAAAGACAGCCAGAGAAUCCUCGUAAUUGGUGCCACAAAUCGGCCUUUCGACCUUGACGAUGCUGUCAUUCGUCGCAUGCCUAGAAGAGUUUAUGUGGGCCUACCAAACGUCGAAAACCGUUCGAAAAUACUAAAAGUACUUCUAGCUAAAGAAAAUCUGGAACCUGGUUUUUCUUUCGAUCAACUUGCCAAGGCCACUGAUAGUUAUUCCGGGAGUGAUCUAAAGAACCUUUGUGCUGCUGCAGCAUAUAGACCUGUGGAAGAACUACUAGAACAAGAAUCCAAGGGUGACAAAGUUGACGAAGGAGUUACAUUAAGACCACUGAAGUUGGAUGAUUUUAUCCAUUCCAAAGCCAAGGUGGGGCCGUCGAUUUUGAACAAUUCAACGAGCGUAAUCAAGCUGAGAGAAUGGAACGAGAAGUACGGUGAAGGAGGAAGGGUUUUGGAAAAGAACAAUAUUAAGAAGAGAAAUAAAAUUGAUGUUAUUUAAUUAAUAUAUUUCCUAAAUAUAUAGGGUUUAAUAGGUAUAGAAAGGAACAUACUAAUUUUCAAGAAGAUUAGUUAUCUAUGGACUGAUAUCACUAUAUUAAAUUUGUUUUAAUAACUAAUUUUGGAUAUUUAAUUUUAAAUCGAGCUAU